CCUCUAAAGUUAACCUAAAAUUAUAAACAGAAAACAGUUUCAUGUGUUCGUGGUGUUAUUUGAAAAAUACAAGUUAAUUGACUAGUUAUUUAUGUUUAAAAGCAAAAAUGGAUGCUUACGAUAUAUUUAAAAAGUUGUCCAAAGGAGCUAAAUAUUCUAAACGACAUAAAACUGCAAAAAAGGUUGAACCAGUUGACUUGAGGAUAGUUAAAUCUGAGAAAGUUGAAGAAGAAGAAAUAGAAGAAAAGUUAAAGGUUGAAGAAAAGACAGAACCUUCAAUUGUCUUGUUAAAUGGCCUUAAAACAGAAUCUGUUAAAAAAGGCAAAAAACGCAAAUUAAAUAGUGAAGAUGAUGAAAUAAAAAAAAAGAAACUUGCAGAAGAAGCUAUAAAUCAUUACAGAAACAUAAAUAACAUCAGUGUAGUAGGUAGAAGAAUUCCAGAGCCAGCUAAAACUUUUGAAGAUUUUCAAGUUGACUCUGACAUUGUGGAAAACCUUAAGAAAUGUGGGUUUGAAGAACCAACACCAAUCCAAAAACAGGCUGUACCAAUCAUGCUUCAAGGAAGACAAUUGUUGUCUUGUGCUCCAACAGGUUCAGGUAAAACUGCAGCAUUUUUGGUGCCAGUCAUACAAGAUCUUAAGGGACCUCAGAAAAAAGGCUUCAGAGCUUUAAUUUUAUGUCCCACCAGAGAAUUGGCUAAACAAACCCAAAGAGAAUGUCUGAAACUUUCUGAAGGAAGAGAGUUUAGGGUGCAUGUCAUUAGUAAAAUUAAAAAAGCUCUCAGUCAAUAUGGUUCUAAUAGUUCACAAAAAUAUGAUAUUUUAAUAGCGACCCCAAAUAGAGUGUGUUAUUUAUUAAAACAAGAUCCUCCAGCAUUGUCUCUAUCAAAUGUUGAGUGGUUGGUAAUUGAUGAAGCUGAUAAAUUAUUUGAAACUGGUGUAAGGAGCUUUAGGGAACAAUUAACUGAAAUUAUGGAAGCUUGUUCUUCUAAAACUAGAAAAAUAGCCAUGUUCAGUGCAACCUACACACCUGCAGUUGCUAAAUGGUGUGUUCACAAUAUGAAGGGCUUGAUUAGAGUUACAGUAGGUCAAAGAAAUGCUGCAACUGAUUUGGUGGAUCAAAAGCUAGUAUUCGUCGGUAACGAACCCGGUAAAUUAAUCGCCUUCCGCGAUAUGGUGCGCAAAGGUUUGAACAUUCCAGCACUGGUGUUUGUUCAGAGUAAAGAAAGAGCACAGCAACUUUUCUACGAAUUGAUAUACGACGGCAUAAAUGUAGACGCAAUACAUGCAGACAGAACACAACUCCAGAGGGACAAUACUGUGAGGAGUUUUCGUGAGGGUCGAAUCUGGGUACUGAUUUGUACUGAACUGAUGGCCAGAGGUAUUGAUUUUAAGGGGGUGAAUUUAGUUAUAAAUUACGAUUUUCCUCCGUCCGCGAUUUCGUACGUUCACAGGGUCGGUAGAGCUGGUCGAGCGGGACGACGUGGUGAGGCUGUCACAUUUUGGACUUUGGAAGAUCAAGUCAAUUUGAAAAGUAUCGCUAAUGUGUUAAGAGAAUCGGGUUGUGAAGUGCCAGAGUUUAUAUUCGGGCUUAAGCAGCAGCCAAAGAAACUUAGGAAACAAUUGGAGGUGCGCGCACCUAAAAGAGAUGAUAUACUUGUUAAAGUUAGGAAGCUUAAAAGACAUAAUAAAGGGGAUAAUGAUGCAAAAGGAAAGGAUGGCAGUUUAAUUAAAAAAAGAAAAAGCAAUGAAAAUGGAAAGAAAAACAGUGGCGAAUCUAAGAAAAAAGUUGUUGUUACCAAGAAAAAAAUGCCAGCUAAAAAAUUAGGAAUGGGAAAGAGAAAAACUUUAAUCCAAUCUAAAAAGAAGAAUAAAAAGGUUAAAACAGAUUAAAUGUUUAGCUCAAGUAUGUAAAGUGUAAUAAAAGCUAUUUAUACUUUUAA